AGUCGUCGAGAAGACUUCGUUUUGGAAAGUGUGCUCUUGCUCUGUCCCGCGCGUAUUCCUCCCCAACUUGUGUUCAGCAGUUCGCUGAGUGUCUCUUUAUCAGUGGAAUGCUAUUUUGAGGCACUUCUGUUUUCGCUGGUCAUCAUCCUAGUGCCUGUCUCGCCUUCCAACAGUACCAAUAAUUACUUCGUUGGUUAUGCAAAUUUGACCACCCAUAAUUGGGUAUUGGGUGUUCAUUCGGUUAUACUCAGCCUACCUCAAAUAUCCACAUGUCUAUGGCCUGACACGACUCACUUUUACUGGCCAAUAGUCAUCUGUCGGGGUUAAAUCGUGCCAUUCAUCGUGAAAAGUGCCUUUUGCUUCUCCUCAAGACCCAAAGACGUUCAGUAUAGUGGAAGAGUCUGGAAGAAGCCGAACACCAGUGAUAAAAGUGAGAGUUUUUUUUUGCUUCACGUUGCUCUGUGCUGUUGUAUAAAUACAUACAAGUCAUCUCGGACGGCCUGGCAUAGAUUUUGUUUGGGUCAAGCAAAGUAUGAAUGGUAUAAUUUAGGCAGACAGCCGAUGAUAUAAUAACUACUCGCGGAAGUCCAGUACAGAAAAGAGUGUUGUGAAAGGAGAAAACUUAGCCCUCGUCAGCAUGUUUGUAAAGCGUAGAAAAGUGGCCAAUUCUAAUAAUAACGUUAUCUUGAACAACGUCAACUACGAGAACAACGGUAAUGGGCAGGUGGUUAAAUCUCGCUGCGGCAAGCACAAAGAUUGCAAUGGUGGCACAAGUGAGUGCCUACAAGUAGCCACCAACGUAACCGAGCAGAAGCACAACGUAACACGUGAAGUUCGUGGCAACAAUCUUGGCCUGUGUCGCGGCUUUCGAGGAUGCACCGUUUGGCUGACGGGACUGAGCGGGGCUGGCAAAACUUCGAUCGCCUUCGAGCUAGAAGCCUUCCUCGUAUCGAAAGGCAUUCCCGCGUACGGUCUCGAUGGGGACAACAUCAGAACGGGCUUAAACAAAAAUCUGGGAUUCUCGCAAACGGAUCGGGAGGAAAAUAUCCGCCGGGUGGCAGAAGUGGCGAAACUGUUUGCCGACAGUGGGGUCGUAUCGAUUUGCAGCUUUGUUUCCCCGUUCGCUGAAGAUCGAGAAAUGGCAAGAAGGAUACAUAAGGAUGCCGAUUUGAAAUUUUUCGAAAUACACGUGGACACUCCUUUGGAGGUGUGCGAGUCACGAGAUGUAAAGGGUCUUUACAAAAAGGCUCGGGAAGGUGCCAUCAAAGGGUUCACCGGGGUGACGCAAGCCUAUGAGGCUCCGGAGAACCCAGAUCUGUCCGUUCCCACUGAAGGACUAACGAUUAAACAAUCUACGUUUAAAGUAAUCAAACUGCUUGAAGAUGAGAAUAUCAUACCAAAGUUCAUAAAGGACGAUGAACCGAUCCCGGAGUUGUUCGUACCGGAUGACUUGAAAGCUUCUCUCGAGGCGGAAGCAAAAACACUGCCAUCGAUCCAGAUAACGACCGUUGAACUGCAGUGGUUGCAAGUAUUAGCGGAGGGCUGGGCCCAUCCAUUGAAGGGUUUCAUGCGGGAAAAGGAGUAUCUACAAGCGUUGCACUUCAACUGCAUGCUGAGUGAAGACGAGACGAUGCGAGAAAAUCAGUCCAUUCCAAUAGUAUUAUCGGUUAAUGAUGAUGAUAAGAACAGACUAGAGGGCGUUAGUGCUUUGUCAUUGUCGUACGAUGGUCGCCUUGUGGCGAUAAUGCGCAAACCCGAAUUUUAUUUCCAAAGAAAGGAAGAACGAUGUGCAAGGCAGUUUGGCACGUCAAACGCAAAUCAUCCAUACAUCAAAAUGAUAAUGGAAUCUGGUCAGUAUUUGGUAGGUGGAGAAAUUGAGGUUCUGGAGAGGAUUCGCUGGAACGAUGGCAUGGACAAUUACCGGCUAACACCAAAUGAGCUUCGUCAGAAGUUCCAAGACAUCAACGCAGACGCUAUAUUCGCUUUCCAAUUACGUAAUCCUAUCCACAAUGGUCACGCUCUGUUGAUGAGCGAUUGCCGACGUCAACUGUUGGAGCGUGGCUUCAAAAAUCCCGUACUACUGUUGCAUCCACUAGGUGGAUGGACGAAGGAUGACGAUGUGCCACUGCCGGUUCGAAUGGCACAACAUCAAGCCGUUCUGGACUCGGGAGUGCUGAAGCGGGAGCAUAUAAUUCUAGCAAUUUUUCCAUCACCCAUGAUGUAUGCCGGUCCGACCGAGGUGCAAUGGCAUGCUAAAUCAAGAAUGAACGCAGGCGCUAAUUUCUACAUUGUCGGCCGCGAUCCAGCUGGAAUGCCGCAUCCUGAUAAGGAAAUGUACCCUGAUGGUAACUUGUACGAUGGAACCCAUGGUGCCCGGGUACUAAAAAUGGCCCCUGGAUUAGAUAAUAUUGAAAUUCUACCAUUCCGUGUGGCAGCGUAUGAUAAGUCCGUAUCCCAGAUGGCAUUUUUCGAUCCCAACCGAAAGGACGAUUUUGAUUUCAUUUCCGGCACGCGAAUGCGAACUUUGGCACGGAACGGGCAGAAUCCACCGAACGGCUUCAUGGAACCAAAGGCAUGGAAGAUCCUUUCCGAGUACUAUCAAUCGUUGAAGAGUGGAGAUAACUGAUGAUUUUUUAAACACCGUUUAUUUAAGGAGAAAUAUCAAAAAAUUGCACAAGCUUUGCAUGCGGAUUGUGUUGAAAACCAUUUUAUUUUUUAUUUAAGUAUUUUUUAUAGAUUUCGUUUUUAUCUUCAAAUUUUUAUUGUUAUUCUAUUGUGUACACCUAGCUGUGAGUUGGUUUGUUCGGAUGAAUGAACAAUAAAAUACGAAAAGGGAUAAAAUUUAAA